AUGUCUGAGAAUGUUGGUUCAGGGACAGGGUCUUCGCUUCCUAGUAUUCCUAGACCUACACCUGCUGUUUCUAGGAGAAAAAAUGCAACUGGAAAUAGAAGUGAUAUAGGAUGGAAACAUGGGAUUGAUGUUCAAGGCAAUGGUAAAAAAGUGAAGUGUAAUUAUUGCUCAAAGACUAUAAACGGAGGGAUUUAUAGAUUCAAGCAUCAUCUUGCCGGUACUAAAGAGGAUUCAAAGCCUUGUGCUUCAGUAUCUGAAGAAGUGAAGGUUGUGAUGUUGAAAGUCUAUAAUGCUGCUAAUUAUAAGGCUGCUGGAGAAAGAAUGAUGGAGACUAGAAAAAGUUUGUAUUGGACACCAUGUGCUGCACACUGCAUAGAUUUGAUAUUGGAGGAUUUUGAAAAGAAGCUAAAGGUGCAUGAAACAACCAUAAAAAAGGGAAGAAAAAUCACCACUUUUAUCUACUCUCGGAGUAUGCUCAUUAGCAUGUUGAGGAAUUUUACAAAGGAAAAGGACUUGGUUCGGCCAGGUGCCACAAGAUUCGCCACUGCCUAUUUGACUCUCACUUGUCUUCAUGAUAAUAAAGGACCGUUGAUGACUAUGUUUACUUCUGCUGAUUGGAAGACAACUAAGGUUGCAUCAAUGCCUGAAGGAAUAAGAGUCCAAAAUAUGGCCUUGGAUAGUAGGCUAUGGAAGAAUAUUGUCAUAUGCCUCAAGGCUGCUGCUCUUCUCAUUACAGUCCUUCGCUUGGUUGAUUCAGAUGAAAAACUAGCCAUGGGUUUCAUCUUUGAAGGCAUGAGAAACGCCAAAGAAACAAUCAAGACUAACUUCAGUUGUGUUAAAAAGAGUUAUGAACCUAUAUGGGAAAUUAUUGAUGGAAGGUGGGAAAGUCAAUUGCAUAGACCAUUGCAUGCAGCUGCAUAUUAUCUUAAUCCUUAUUAUCACUAUGAACUAAAUUUUAUGGUUGAUGAUGCUGACAUUAAGAUUGGUCUAUAUAGUUGUUUGAAAAAACUGGUUCCUAACCAGGAAGAAAGGAAAAAGGUUGGUCUACAGCUUCCUGACUUUCAUUAUGCUAGAGGCCUCUUUGGUAAUGAAACUGCAAAGAGUAGUAGGAAGACCAUACUAUCUGCUGAGUGGUGGGACUUUUAUGGAGAUAGUUGUCCAGAACUAAAGAAGUUUGCUAUCCGAGUUCUAAGCUUAACUUGUAGUUCAUCUGGUUGUGAGCGUAAUUGGAGUGCAUUUGAAAUGGUUCAUACAAAGAGAAGAAAUCGGUUGCAUCAAAAGAAAAUGAAUGAUUUAGUGUAUGUGAUGUAUAAUUUGAAGUUAAAGGGCAAGCAAAUUAGAAAAACUCCAGAACUUGAAUUUGAUGCAGUGCAUUCUGAUGAUGAGUGGAUAACUGAGGAUGUUAAUGAAAAUAUUACUGAAAGUGUUGAGCAUUCUCACUUGCCAACGAAUGACAAUACUAAUGAUGAUCCAAAUAGUAAUGAAUUUGCUAUUCCAGGUAUGAAUAGUAAUGAAUUCAACAUGGGUGAGGGAGGUGAGAAUGAGUUUAUUGGGGAUCCACAACAAAAUUUAAUAGAGGAAGAAGAUGAACAUGUGAAUGAUGAUGAAGAUUUUGUUGGCCGUGUUGAACCUGAGGCUAAAAGAAAUGAUGUUUCUGAUGAAGAUGGUGAAGAUGAUGAUAUAAAUACUUGUGAAGGAUUUAAAUGUGUGAUCCAAAGUACUUGUUGUAACUUGUAA